GCGACCGACGUCCAGCGACCGGCGUCCAGUGACCGGCGUCCAGUGACCGGCAGGCUUCAGUGUUCGCACUGACGGUGAUGAGAAUGGGCCAGAGACAGGACAAGACAUCGGGGCAAGGGGUGAAGGCUGGCCCCCCUGAGGCCCCGCAGGGGGGCGAGGACACCCGCCGACAGUUCGGGGACCUGGGGGGACCGGGCGGCGACAGCAGCGCCAUAGCCAACGGGCGUCCGGACUACCGUUACCAGGGCAACAAGGUCAAAGAGCCGGACAGCAGGACGGCACCUGUCUGGCAAAGCAACAUGAGCAGAGAGAGCCCCCGCCCCCAUGUCACAAAGGGCGGGGUGAGGGACAGAGCCCGAGUGGAGGAGGCGGCUCUUUUAGCCACAGCGCAGCUCCCUAACAGCCAGAACCCGGUGUCCGGAGCGCAGACUGCCUCGCGCUGGGACCAGAGCGCGGACCUCAGCACUCACAACGGGAUGACCCAGCGAGGGAGGGGCCAGGGCGGGGGAGACGGGCUCUGCCCCCUGCUCGUGCCGGGCCAGGAGGGACAAGAGAUGCCCCUCUGCUCGGCUCAGGACGGCUGGCCUCCGGGCACCCCCGCCGAACGGGGGUCAGCUUACCCCCGCCAGCCCGUUCCGUCAGCGUUAAAAAAAGCGCUGGGGGAAGGGAGACGGGCCACAGGGGAGGAGGGGGAGACGCCUGGCUCUGCCUCUGAGGGAGGCAUCUGGACUGUUUCGGGUACAGCCAGCGAGGGCUCUGCAGUCCAGAGUGGGCGGGAGGCUGGGGAUCAGGGCGCCUCCCUUUCAGAAGUUAAACAGGAUGGAAGCUUCUCUGGCCGGGACCCCGUUUUUAAACCGGGGGAUUUUUUGGUCACGACUGAAGCCAGGACUGGAGCAGCUGCUGUUUCAGUCGACGAUACGGAGUCCGGACAAAGGAGUCCGCACUCCCAUAGAGAGACUGUGAGGGAUCAACAGCACAAAGUCCCACAGCACAGAGAUCUACAACAAAGGGAUCUUCAGCACAGAGAUCUACAACAAAUGAAUCUACAGCACCAGGAUCCACAGCACAGAGAUCUACAGUACAAAUAUUUACAGCACAGAGAUCUACAACAAAGGGAUCUACAGCACAGAGAUCUACAACAAAUGAAUCUACAGCACCAGGAUCCACAGCACAGAGAUCUACAGUACAAAUAUUUACAGCACAGUGAUCCACAGCAGGGAGAUUUACAGCACAGAGAUCCUCAACAAAGAGAUCUACUGCACCAGGAUCUAGAGCACAGAGAUCUACAGUACAAAUAUUUACAGCACAGAGAUCUACAACAAAGGGAUCUGCAGAACCAGGAUCUACAGCACAGAGAUCUGUACAUGAAUCCACAGCAUAGUGAUCCACAGUACAGAGAUCUACAGCACCAGGACCUACAGCACUAUAACUCACAGCACGGAGAUCUACAGUUCAGGGAUCUACAGUACAGAGAUCUACAACACCAGGAUUUACCGCACAGCGAUCCUCAGCACAGAGAUGCACAGCAGUCAAAUAUGGCCGAUCCCAAAGAAAUGUGGAGAGAGCUCCUGUUGGCUGAUGAGGUGGUGGAGAAACUUGUCACUCAGGGUCAUGAUGUCACCAGCACUCCCUCAGCCCACUCAGCUACAGGUGAGGAGACUCUCAGCCCAGUCUUGACUCCAAACCUCAGGACUCUAGACAAACACCUUCCUAAAGAUUCAGAGACAGGGAAUAACCCGCCAGCAUCUGAAUCUGCCACACCUCCGUCCCUGUCACCCACACCCUCUCCCCUGCCAAACAUGUCCUCCCCUUUGCCAACCACACCUUCCCCCCUGCCAGACACACCUCCCCCCCUGCGCGAGAGGAGAGAAGAAAUCAUGCACGCACAGAUGGAAAGAGAGCAUCCUUUCUUCACUGAUGCAACAUCUGCGCCGUCCACUGUCCAGGCGCUCCCACUGACGGACCCAUUUGGGACGCCUGACCACCUAAGCCCCAUUCCAAAUGCGGGACCCGUGGCAGAGAGGGACAUGUUGAACCCCACCCUGCAUGCCGACCACAUCUACACUGAGCCCCGCCCACACAGAGACCACACCCCCACGGAGCACCGCCCACACAGAGACCACACCCAUGCUGAGAGCGCAGAGACAAACACACUGGCCACGACUCGGCGCGAUGACAUCACUGCCUCGGGGCCCCCGCCAAGCAGGAAUAAACCCAAGGGGCCCCCUCCGCCCGUCCCCAAGAAACCCAAAAACCCCUUCCUCCGUCCCGGGGGGGAACCCCACCUCCACACGCCCCCUCCUGUCCGAGACCCCUCAAAGCCCAAAGGGCCACCUCCGCCGGUCCCCAAGAAACCCAAGUUUUGCCCCUUCCUGCUGGGAUUGGAGCGGGGAGAGCCCCGCCCGCACCCCCUGAGCGAGCCGGACCUGGAGCUGCUCCCCGAGGAGUGGCUCCCGAGGGCCGAGCCGGAGCCCCCAUGCGGGGCGGAGGGAGAGAACGAGUGGGCCGACCCUCUGGACCAGGACCUCCUGGCCUACUUGGAGUCAGCAGAGCUACCACCCAGACCAGUCUCAGAGCUCAUAAGGGAGAGACUGCUACUGCAAGAGAGAAGCUGGUACCAGGCCCAUGACCAGAACCACGACCACAAUCACAACCACAACCAGGCCAGGCAGGGCCCGCACACAGUGCGCAGAAUGCUGGAGGACGGCCAGGCGGUGAAGGUGGCUCUGAUAAAAGAGACCUUCGACGUUCCCAGACGGACCCCUGAAAAUCUACCUGAGCCCACACCCAGGAAAAACAUGUUUCGGCGCGUGGUCAGGCAGAGCAAGUUCCGGCACGUGUUCGGCCAGGCGGUGAAGAACGACCAGUGCUAUGAUGACAUCAGAGUGUCCCGGGUCACGUGGGACAGCUCCUUCUGCGCCGUCAACCCCAAAUUCGUGGCCAUCAUCAUCGAGGCCAGCGGGGGAGGAGCCUUCCUCGUCCUGCCCCUGCAGAAGAUGGGUCGCAUUGAUAAAGCCUACCCCACCGUGUGCGGCCACACAGGGCCUGUGCUGGAUAUCGACUGGUGCCCACAUAACGACCAGGUCAUCGCCAGCGGUUCAGAGGACUGCACGGUCAUGGUGUGGCAGAUUCCGGAAAACGGGCUGGUCAGCCCCCUGUCCGAGCCGGCAGUAGUGUUAGAGGGACACUCCAAGAGAGUAGGCAUCGUCACGUGGCACCCCACGGCCCGAAAUGUGCUCCUGAGCGCCGGCUGUGAUAACAUGAUCAUUGUCUGGAACGUGGGGACGGGCGAGGCUGUGAUCCAGCUGGAGGAUCUGCACCCUGACCUGAUCUACAGCGCCUGCUGGAACCGCAACGGCAGCCUCAUCUGCACCGCCUGCAAGGACAAGAGAGUGCGCGUCAUCGACCCGCGCAAGGAGAGGGUCAUCGCGGAGAAGGAUAAGGCUCAUGAGGGGGCGAGGCCGAUGAGAGCCAUCUUCCUGGCUGAUGGAAACAUCUUCACCACCGGCUUCAGCCGCAUGAGUGAGCGUCAGCUGGCCCUCUGGGACCCUAAAAACAUUGAGGAGCCAAUUUCAGUCCAUGAGAUGGACACAAGCAAUGGAGUCCUGCUCCCAUUCUACGACCCCGACACCAGCAUAGUGUACCUGUGCGGGAAGGGUGACAGCAGCAUCCGGUACUUUGAGAUCACGGACGAGGCGCCGUUUGUGCAUUACCUGAACACCUUCAGCACCAAGGAGCCGCAGAGGGGUGUGGGAUACAUGCCCAAAAGGGGACUGGACGUCAACAAGUGUGAGAUCGCCAGGUUUUACAAACUUCACGAGAGAAAAUGUGAACCAAUCAUCAUGACCGUGCCCCGGAAGUCAGACCUGUUCCAGGACGACCUGUACCCGGACACGGCGGGGCCAGACUGGGCGCUGGAGGCCGAGGACUGGUUCCAGGGGCGCAACGGGGACCCCAUCCUCAUCUCCCUCAAGCACGGCUACGUCCCGGGCAAGAACCGAGACCUCAAGGUGGUCAAGAAGAACGUUCUGGAGAGCAAGGCCGCCAAAACAGAGAACUCGGCCCCCGCCCACAAGCAGGCGUCCCCCACCCCGUCUAUACAACGCGAGGCGCGGUUGGAGGACAUUGUGAAGGAGCUACGGACGGUAAGGGAGAUGGUGAGCAGCCAGGAACGGAGGAUCACCAAACUAGAGGAACAAAUGGCCAAGCUCUCCAUCUGAAGCCCCGCCCCCCCACGCUCACACUCUCACAUACACACACACCGUUCAGGACAAUCCAUUGGCUGGGAGAGGCUUGGGUGGGUGGGGCCAGUCACUGCCAAGCUUGACGACAGCAUUCCGCCUGGAGCCCGCCUAACAACGAUCCCUAGCAACAUUCCAAGAAGAUUGAGUUCUGUCCCCUCCGAAGAUACGAAGAUGCACACACACACACACACACAGAAAAUCACAGUGAAAAGAGUGAAAAGACAAUUUAGUCCAGCUUUUUAUUAAAAACAAGCUCAUUUUAA